GGGAAAAGUUUCAGUCGGAAUUCCCACCUUGUGCUACACCAGAGGAGUCACACAGGAGAGAAACCAUAUGAGUGUCUGGAUUGUGGAAAAAGUUUCAGUCGGAAUUCUGGCCUGGUGAUACACCGGAGAACUCACACUGGAGAGAAACCUUAUGAGUGUCUGGAUUGUGGGAAAAAAUUCAACCGUAGUUCCCACCUGGCGAUACACCAGAGGACUCACACAGGAGAGAAACCGUUUGAGUGUUUGGAAUGCAGGAAAACUUUCAGUCGGAAUUCUGAGCUGGUGAUACACCAGAGGACUCACACGGGAGAGAAACCAUAUGAGUGUCCGGAUUGUGGGAAAGGCUUCAGUCAGAAUUCCCAUCUGGUAGUACACCAUAGGACUCACACAGGAGAAAAACCGUAUGAGUGUCCAGAGUGUGGGAAAGGUUUCAGUACUAGAUCUAAACUUAUAAAUCAUUUAGGGUUACAUACAGGGGAGAAACCUUUCAGAUGUCCAGAGUGUGGACGGUGCUUCACACAUUAUUCCUCCCUUACUGCCCACAAGAAAGUCCACAUGAGGCAGACAGUAAUAAGUGUAGAAAAGCCUUGAAUGUCUGAUUUCCUAUUGGGAAUGCAGUUUAGAAAUUAAUU